AUGAAUAGUCUGAAAAUGGAAAUGGAGUAUUUGAAGAAAUCUCCUCGCUUUCACCCCAAAGAGGAGAAAUCGGCGGUGCCUGAACUAGAGAGAGGUACCCUAACGUACGGAGAAGCAGCUUCCCUGGCCGAAGCAUCUAAGCAGAAAAAUCACCGGGCAUCAAUGGUGCUUGGCGGAAGUGGUGGCCUGUCACGGACAAAGAAAACGGUCGACCCGUAG